CGCGGAGGGAGAAAAGGCGCUCUAAGAACUGGACGAGAAGGAUACGAGACCAUCCAGGAUCUGCAGUGACAGUGCCGUGAGAUGGAACGCAUCCUGAUGAGAAAACAUCCGAUUCUAUUUUGAUGGCCAGCAAGAAUUCAGAAAUAACAAACCAGCCGAGGAUGCUUCCCAAACUCGUAAACUGCUGGAACAGCGAAUCGCGCAGCUGGAAGCGGAUGCCAAAGAAUAAGACGCCAAGGCUUAAAGAUAUACUGGCCAAUGUGCAGGCUCGCUUCAAUUCCGUGCAGUCCAACUACAAAAAAACGCAUAUUACGGAUUUCGAGAUGCAGGUACUUUGUCUGCAGGAGAUAAACUGCAAAUUGGGCUGUGUUAUUCCGGCUCCUAUCAAAGCGACCAAAACCACCACCAACUUUUCGCAAACCGAAGAUUUUCCUGAACACAUUCCCGUUCAGGACGUGACUUGUUCAAUUCCAGUGCAAACGGAUAAUCGUCUAACUGGAACCGGGUCGGUACAGGUACAGCAGCCUGGCAAACGAGCAAAAACAAGCUUUCACAAAGUAGCUACACGUUUCGGCAGCUGGACAGCAGCGCAACAAGGCUUGUGGACAAAAAAGUUGCCAUCGGCAGUCAUUCAGCUGCAAGAAACAGAACGCUGCUUAGAGCUGCUUGGUUUCGGAGGCCCAUCGGUGCCUCGUCACCUUAGUAAUAGCGGUAGCAUCAUUAUAAAAACUAACGAAUCUUCCUAUGGAACUCGCUCAGUGAGACGUCAACAAAAUAGUCAGUCAGUUUCAGAUUAUUUUAAUUCUCCCGUGAAGUACUCAUCCCGAAAUUCAAGAAGACAACACCAACCGUCGCCAUUUUUCCCAUGGUCAUCGUUGCACAAGUAAUAAAACAGGAUACAUCUUACGUGAAUUGUUUGGGGCACCUCUCAGCUGAUCUAAACGGCCAAUCUUCGAUUCUCAUCCGUGCGAAAGAAGUUUUUCAUCAAUCAGACCACAUCGCGGCUAGACCCAACGGCCAACGCAAUCAUCAAGUAACUGUUAAUCAACAAAAGCAUUGCGAACGUUCCUCUGCUGCAUAACAAAUUGCUUCAAUUGGAAAGUGAAAAAAAUGCAUGUCUUGUUUGUGAAAUCUAGAUAAGAUUUAAG